GCCCUGAGCGAGGACGGGGCGCGCCAGUGGCUCGCGAGCUUCGGCGAGGUCGACGACGUCCUGCUGCUGAAGGACCUCGCGGCCAAGGCCACUGGCAGCGCCUACGCGCGCUUCCGCACGCACGCGGGGGCGCGGCAGGCCCUCGGCGCCCUGCGGGCGCAGGCCGCCGGCGAGGGGCCCAAGCAGGCGGCCUGGUCGGAGUCGGAGCGGGCGCUCCGGGGCACCAGGGGGCCCUACGGCCUGGACAUCUGCCGGCGCCUGGGCGGCCAGGGCGGCGGCCGCUUCCAGGAGAUCUGCCGGGCCACCAGGUCGCAGGGCCUGACGAUGGGCGGCUUCGCGGGCGGCCGGGCCCACUUCACGCUGGUGUGCGAGUCGCCGACGCAGGUCGAG